AUGUCGGAUGAGGUCGAAAUUGAGGACGCUCCGCCUGGAUACAGGUCAUAUGUCUGGCAGUAUUUUGGCUUUCUCAUUAAAAAAGACAAAGACAGCAACAGAGUAACUGACAAGACUAAGACUGUGUGUAAGCUAUGCUAUGCUGUCAUUCCGUACACCACCUCCAACACAACAAACAUGAACCACCACCUUCAACGCCACCAUAAAAAUGUGAAGACGGCCCCGGAGAAAACGAGCCUACCAAAGGGACAGCUGACCAUGAAGCAAGCACUGACACCAAUUCUACCCCCAUCAAGUCCGCGUGCAAAACAGAUAACCAGGCUUAUUGGCGAGUUUAUAGCGGACUAUAUGGCUCCAUUUAACAUUGUAGAGAACAGAAAAUUCAUCCAAAUGUUCAAUGUGCUGGAGCCCAAGUUUAAGAUGCCAUGCCGAGGACAUUUUUCAGAGAAGGUAAUCCCGGAAAUUUACAAUGAAAUCAAACGGAGCGUGAAAGAGUGUCUCAAAAAUGCAGACUGUGUUGCCCUGACCACCGACGGCUGGACUUCGCGUGCAACGCAGAGCUAUAUCACCAUCACGGCACAUGUCAUCAAUGAGAAAUGGGAGAGUAAAAGCUUUGUGUUGCAAACUCGUGAACUAAGUGAAAGUCAUACUGGUGUUAACAUAGCUCACGUGUUGAGAAAUGCACUGACAGAGUGGGAGCUAACAAGGCCCCAAAGGACCAUUGCUUGUGUCACAGAUAACGCGAGCAACAUGGACAUCGCUGUAAGAGAGAGCGGUCUCCAUCCUCACAUCAAGUGCUUGGCGCACGUUAUAAAUCUGGCAAGUAAGCGAGGCUUGGCUGUAUCCCGCGUCGCGCGACUUCUUGGCCGUGUGCGAAGCGUAACUACGUUCUUUCACAAGAGCACCACGGCCACCGCCGUCCUGACCAACAAGCAAACCCAGUUGGACCUGCCUCGGCACAAGCUCAUCACCGAUGUCCAGACCAGGUGGAAUAGCACGUACGAAAUGCUCGCGCGCUACCUGGAGCAACAAGCAGCUGUCUCAGCAGCGCUGAGCUGCGCAGAAAUCCGAAGGAAUGCGAGAGAAAUCGACACUCUGGAUAACGCUGAUAUAUCCGAUGUAGAAGACAUAGUAAAACUGCUUAAGCCACUGAAGACCGCCACAACAGUUCUUUGUGAUGAAAAAGAGCCCACUGUUUCACUUAUAAUGCCACUUAAGCACAUGAUCGAGCAAAGCAUGUCACCAGAUGAAAAUGACACACAGACCAUCGCCAGCAUGAAAAGCGCCAUCCUACUUGACAUCACGGGCCGUUACUCUGGGGACUGUAAUGACAUGUUGCAGGAGUGCGCAGCGCUUGACCCACGAUUCCGAAGCCUCUCCCACCUGAAUGAUGAACAACGUGAGUCCGUCUAUGCGAGGACACGGGAAAAAGCUUCAGGACUUCAUGUGCAACGCAACAAGACCAGUGACACUGAUGAAAAAACUAGGGCCAGUGCUUCAACAUCAGGGUCUGCAGCAGAGCGGGUCUUUGUCAUGGCUGAGGCAGCACAGGGAGCAGAGCAGAGCCAGGAAGAGCCAGUAGAACGAGAAAGGCAGAUGCAGGACGUGAUCCAGCCUCCCCCACCAAAGAAGACAGCGCUAGAAGAUCUUCUUGGGCGCUCCUACACCACUGUUGAGGCAGUGCAGUCCAGCAGAGGGAUUGAAAUGGAGAUACUCUCCUACAGAAAUGGGAUUCCUAUCCCACUUAACAGUAGUCCACUUGAGUGGUGGAAAGUGAAUGCAUAUACUUACCCCAUACUUGCCCCUUUUGCCAAAGCCUACCUUUGCAUUCCUGCUACGUCAGUGCCCAGCGAGCGUGUCUUUUCUACAGCAGGAGACAUUGUGUCUGCUCAAAGAUCACUGAUUACACCAGAACAUGUUGAUAUGUUAGUUUUUCUGAAGAAGAACCAGUGCUAG